AUGGAUUCGAGAACUGAGAAGCUCUUAGGAGCUGAUAAUUACCAAAAGCUUCGAGAAUCCCGAGUUCUACUAGUUGGCGCAGGUGGUAUUGGCUGUGAGUUACUGAAAAAUCUGGUGCUUAUGGGGUUCGGCGAGAUACACGUUGUAGAUUUGGACACAAUUGACCUCUCCAAUCUAAAUCGUCAAUUUUUGUUUCGAAAACGGGAUAUCAAGCAGUCCAAAGCGACUACGGCAAUCAAGGCCAUUGAACAUGUCAGUAACUCGAAAUUGGUGGCCCACAGAGCCAAUAUCAUGGACGUGGAGUUAUUUCCUCUAAGCUGGUUUCAUCAAUUUGCAGUGAUUUUUAACGCACUAGACAAUUUAGAAGCGCGGCGUUAUGUCAAUCAAAUGGCUCAAUUCCUUCAAAAACCGUUGCUGGAAAGCGGAACUGCAGGCUUUGACGGCUACAUUCAACCUAUUAUUCCUGGGUCGACCGAGUGUUUUGACUGUACGACAAAAGAAACCCCAAAGACUUUCCCCGUAUGCACUAUCAGAUCUACGCCAUCCCAGCCCAUACAUUGCAUAGUUUGGGCCAAAAACUUUUUGUUUGCCCAGCUUUUUGCUUCAGGUAGCUCAACAACAAGUGAUGAAGACCUUGGCACUGAAAAUCCGGAAGAGAUCAAAAGGAUCCAACAGGAAACCAAUGAACUACACGAGUUGCAAGAUUAUGCAAAAGCUGGUGACGAAUCCAAAAUUGUGGAUAUAUUUCGUAAAAUAUUUGUUCAAGACAUUGAGAAACUGUUGGCUAUCGAAGAUCUGUGGAAAACGCGCCAGAAGCCCAGUCCUCUAUACGACAUUGAAAUUGGCGGCCCUGUGUGUAAAGAUCUAAACGUGGUGUGGUCUAUCCAAGAACAAACAAAUGCUUUCGUGGAGGCGACCAAGCGCUUAAUGCGUCGAAUGACUGACGAAAAACAGAUAGAAUUUGACAAGGAUGAUCAGGACACUUUGGAAUUUGUAAGCACAGCGGCGAACAUGCGUGCUCAUAUUUUUAACCUGCCCCAAAAGUCGGUUUUCGACAUUAAACAAAUUGCAGGUAAUAUUAUACCAGCAAUCGCCACCACAAACGCUAUCAUAGCCGGCUUAUCUGCCCUUGCUUCUCUCAGAGUAUUAAGCUUGAUCAAAAAUUCUGCAACCGCGAAACCACUAGAACUCAAUAUGGCUUUCACAGCUAUGGCUAGUAAAAUUUCAUCCCACCGUUAUCUUUCUAAUCCUCAGUUGGCUUCUCCCAAUCCAAAAUGCCCUGUUUGCUCAAUUAAGCGCGGAGUAAUAAACAUUUCAAACAAUGAACUGAAAAAUAUCAGACUCUCUCACUUGAUGGAGGCCGUGCGGGAAAAAUAUUCAUAUCCCGGUGAAAUUUCUGUUCUUGACAAAUCAACUCAACGUCUGCUUGCCGAUUUUGACUUUGAAGAUCUGUGUGGAAAAACACUGUUCGAAAUAAAUAUCAAAAAUGGUACAAUAUUGUUAGUUGCAGAUGAGCGUUGCGACGAAACUGAACUUCGUUGCCCUACAGAGUUCUACAUUGCUUGCGGGACAGAAGGCGGUUUAGAACUUCCUGACAUCGAGGUUCCUCUUGUUGAAGUCUUAGCGCCCAGUGAGACUCCAGAUGAUGACCACGAGGUACAGCAGUCUGUUACUGCCGAAGGUGCGAUCAUUUUGGAUGAGGAGGAAGAAAACCCAAGGAAGAGACCGUUGGAUGAGGCACCGGAGCCCACUUCCAAAGUUGCCAAAAUUGACGAAGGUGAAGUUCUACUACUAGAUUAA